AUGUGCCAAUCACAACUGCCAGAAAACAAAGAGAGCAAAGAAGUUAAAUUACUGUUUUAUUGGCAUCCUACUAAUAUGACCAAUAGUGAUAAGACUCGUGAGAGAUCCAAGAAUCUGAAAGUUGAUGAUAAAUGUCUAACUAUAUCACCAUCAACGUCUAAAAAACAGUCAGACACCAAAGAAUUGGGACAGGUGAACUUAAUAGAACAAGAAAAGAGCAACAUUGGAGUUGUAUUUCUCUCAGGGAAUAAUACUCUCCAUGACGUGUGCCAAUCACAGCUGCCAGAAAACAAAGAGAGCAAAGAAGAAGAACAAGACUUGGAGCUGCCAUCAGAGGAAGAGGAAGAAAGACUUAAAGGGCGUGAAAAUAAGCAGCCACAGAAAAUGUCUCAAGAACCAGAAAUGGCUAAGGAUUGUGAUAGAGAGGAUAUACCUGUGUAUUCAUUACUUCCUCAUGUGCAAAAUUCUGAGCAAAUGUGGAUCGAGCAAGGCAAAUUAGAAUGGAAAAGCAAAUUCAAACUCAUUACAAAUGAGUUAAAGCAGAGGUUUGGAGAAACCUGUGAAAAAAACAAAAUUCCGACUUGUCCUGAGGAAGAGCAUCUACUUGAUAACUCUACAAGGGGAACAAAUGUAAAGGACAUUCCCUCUAAUUGGACAAAUAAUAUGCCUGGUUGUGAGGAAGAAGAUGCAUCUGAAGUACCUGUCUCUGUGGUAUUCAAGACACUUCCUGAACAAAAGGAACCCAGUCUCAAAAAUGUCUUUCCAUCUCAUCCAUACCCUGGGUCUCUGGAACAUGCUUGCCAGUCAUCUUGUAAGCUUCAUUUACGUAAAAAUAAAUCAGACAGCGACAGUGAUAACAAACCUGGCAUUGAGCAUAUUUGUAGCACAGUUGAGAACUUUUGUAAUGAUGCACACACUAAGAAAGCAAGGAACCCAGAAGUAGUUACAGUUGAAAUGAAAGAAGACCAAGAGUCUGAUUUGCAAAUGACAAAAAAUAUGAACCAAUAUAGUGACAGUUGCAGUACAAAUAACUAUAAAAGCCUGAAACCUGACUUAGAAAAUCUGAGUUUUUUAUUAUCAGAUUGUGACAGUACAUCAGAAGUAGAUCUACAUGAAGAAUUACAGCAAGACAUGCAAAGGUUUAAGAAUGAGGUAGAUAAGACAGAAGAGCUCCUGGCUUUGAAGAAAGAAAACAUUCCACUUCAGAAAGAGUGUGUGAGUGCUGAAAAACCAGACCCUCAAAUUAAUCUGUAUAUUGCCAAGGGAUUGCACAAGGGAAUUCAUAUUCCACAUAAGCAUUUCAGUAUAUCGGAACUGGCCGUGGGUGGUUGCCUGUUACUACCAUGCUACAGGCCUGAAAAUAAAACACCUGCUGAAAAUAACAAGGUCAAAAACCAAAUACAUUCUGGAGCUGACUUUGCUGACUCAAUGUGAUCGUCUGAAACAGCCUCAGAAUGCGAGUUGUCUCUCUCUACUUAUGAGAAUUUUUUGUUGCUGAUUGAACAACUUAAAAUGGAGUGUAAAGAUUCUGUUAGCCUAUCAAGAAUCAAGGAUGCAUUUCAUUUAAUUGAACACUUACUGGAACUUAAGAAUAAUGACUGUGAACGACUUAGAGCAGAAAUUAAACAAAUGGGAAAUACGGUUAGUGUACUACAAAAGGAGCUAUCUGAAACAAAAGAGACAAAAUUACAGCUAGAGCAUCAGAAAAUCGAAUGGGAACAAGAGCUGGGCAGUUUGAGACUUGCCUUAAGACAAGAAAAAUAUAAGAAAGAAAAUGCUGAUGUGGUGUGUAAUAAAGUCAGUGAACAGUUAAGAAUAAAAGAAGAGGAAUGUAGGAAAAAGGCUGAAAUGACGCAGCAACUUAAAUGGACUCUGAGAAAACUCAUUAAGGAAUUGAGGAUGGUCGAGCAGCAACGAAACGAUGCCCAGCAGCAACUUUCCGAAGAACAGAAUGCCAGAAUAUUACAAGAUCAGAUUCUGACCAGUAAACAAAAGGAGCCAGAAAUGGCUCAAAAGAAAAUGGAUUCUGAGGUAUUUUCUUGGCCAUUUUCAAAUAUGUUUUAG